AUGCAUGUUUGGUUGGUUUCGCUCGGGCUGAUUUUUAUCUCCUUGGCCUAUAGUGUUCGAAGCUCAGAGAGAUGUUAUCACGAUUGGGAUUGUUCCCACUACGGUCAUGGAGACGUUUGCUGUUCGUUGGGUUUCUGUAAGUUAAAAAAGUUUUGCGAGAGAUGCUCUGGGGAUCAGGAUUGUUCUUCCGGGAGUAAAUGUGGAGUAGAUGGCCUCUGUUAUGAGUCAGACUCGAAUAACUACUACUGCAACGGCGAAAAUGCCCGCUGUCUAGAAGGCCAUGUGUGUGAGGACGGGAAGUGUGUAUCUACCACUUCAAGACCUCCAUUAAUGGGAACUAAACUGAUUGGAACGGUAAUAAUCGUUUUUGUAUCGGUGGUAUUAGUGAUAUUCAUCAUUUAUUGCCUUAACAAGAGAGAUAAAAAACGGACUCGUGAUCGGGUACUCGCGACGCGAAAUGCCUGGCGAACAACUUUGGAAAGCCGGGAAAGUGUGGCAACAGCGCCAACUACCGUGACCGAAGUUGAUAUGCAAAUGGCCGGAGCCGGGGUUUCGAAUGGGGGUUUUGUGAUCGACUUGGAACAAACUUCUCUUCCUUUGCCGCCGGAUGCACCACCACCUUACAGUUCUCUAGAAUUCCAGCAACAACGUGAUGACAGCAAUGAUACAGAACAACCUCCACCGACUUACGACGAGGCUGUCAAGAAUUGCGAUCUUUAGCGAUGAUGGCCGAUCAGUUUGCUGUUGAUCUAAAUUCGGCUGCGUGGACUUCCACGAAAUCGUUGCUUUUAUUAAUUAAGAUGUAGCUGUUACACUUCCUGAGCUAGAACUUGACCACAAAAGAGUUAUUUUUUUUUUUCCUAUAUUGCGUGGUCAAAUUUUCAGUUGUUGAUGUUUGAAUCGAAACGACUGAAGCCACCAGAUCGAAUGUUACAAAUAACGAAUAUUUUUCGUCUGAUCCUGUUAUGGCAAAGAUGAUGAACCCACAAAGACGGCGCAAUUUAAAUAUACUGUUAUACAAAGUAGACGGAAAAAGUCUAUUUACUUUAUCUUUUAGCUGGGAAGGAUUCGAGCUAAAUCAGCAGUGAUCACUUCGGGGCGACAUACUGUGCGUAACUCUGUAGACUGUAAGAGAAGUUUAUAUAAAUCAUUUAAUCAGAAUUGGUGUCGUGACUUAAUUCCAUUGUUCCCUUUUAAAACCAACUUUGUCCUUGACAAUCAAAAUAAAAAUUUUUAAACAGGGCUUUUUGGCAAGAAUUUGCGUGUUCACAGAAAUUGGGUUACAUCUACAAACCCCCUCAACUCACACUAUUUAUUACGAAGUCUGUAAAAUUUGUUCUCAGACUAAUAGGUGAAUUUUUAUAACAGUAAAUACGUUUAAAAUUUGAUAAGAUCACUCGAUUUUCACCCAGAUUCAUUCCACGAUGUCAAGUUCGAACGCAUUUCAACUCCUUGAAAAAGACAUUACAUCAUAUUCUAAUCUUACUUGUGUUUCUAUGGCAACAGUGACGUAAUCGUGGAGAGAUUACAAGGCAAUUUCUAUUGAGACACAACUUACUUCGUUCAUUGUUUGUCACUCGAAAACGACUUUCCCGUUGUGCCAUUGUAGGGGACGCUUCGUGUUCAUGUAUAUUUGGUUGAUUUCGCUUGGGUUGACUUUAAUCUGCUCUACUUCCAACGUUAGUUCACAAAGAUGUCAUAUCGAUUGGGAUUGUAAGAGCAGUCAGAAAUGCUGUUUGGGCGACUGUGUUGACAAAUUUCUCUACUGCCCCGAAUGUAGAGUUGAUAGUGAUUGUCCAUUUACAUCUCAAACAUGUGACUCUGGCUCCUGCAAACGUUCUACCAUUACUUUAGCCCCUCUUCCAACCUGGAAUCCGCCGUCAACAGACGAAUGCACUUGGAAUAGUGACUGUCCUUUAAAUCAUCACUGCAGCUAUGAAAACCGUUGUGAGAGAAACUAUAGCACUGGUAGUUCUAGUGGGAGCUUUUGGUCCGGAAGCAGAACGAUUGGAAUAAUUUUCUUCGUCGCUGUUAGUGCAGUUCUUUCAUGUUUGUACCACAUGUGCAAACGAGCUCGCAAACCACCUAAUCGCGCACCAGUGACGCAAAAUGCACAGACGACAUCAGGACCCUCUGUAAACGAAGCCACGCAAGUAGAAAUGCACUCAGGGAGUGCUUUUUCUCACAAUAACACUGUGAUUGAUUUCGAAGAAAACUCUUAUCCUCCUUCUCCUCCUCCCCCUUUACCAGCCGAUGGACCACCGCCUUACAGUUCACUGGAAUUACAGAGUCAAGGAAAUCAUGUAAACGAACCUGAAUUACCACCUCCACCAAGUUACGAAGACGCUGUCAGGAAUUCUUCGAUGCCUGUGGUGUGA